AUGGAGACUAUAUCGCCAAAAGUCCGACGCAGCACCGAAACUGUGUAUGAUAUUGCCUUCGACCUAGUUAAGAAGCUCAAGGACGCUGGUCAAACUCUUGGAGUGGCCGAAUCUCUGACAGCCGGUGGAGUCAUGGCUGCCGUGACAUCUGUGUCUGGUGCGAGUUCAGUAUUUCGCGGAGGAGUUGUAUCUUACGCAACGCCCCUCAAAGAAAAGCUUCUAGGUGUUGAUGGCAAUCUCAUUGCUCUGGAAGGAGUCAUCCACGCCGAUGUCGCCAAACAGAUGGCAGAAGGAGCGCGUCGAAUAACAAGCCUUGACGGCAGCCAGACAACUUGGGGAAUCGGGACUACAGGUGUCGCAGGUCCUGGCCCUCAGGAUAACAGACCAGUCGGCAUGGUGUAUAUUGGGAUCGCUGGGCCUUCUGGGAGUCGUGCUUGGGGACCAUUCAGCUUUCCAGGAGGGAGAGAACAAAUCCGUGAAGCUACGAUUGUCGAAGCGUUGCAUCGAUUGCGGGAACUGGUGAGCGCAAUUCCGCACGACUAA